AAUAUUAUAUUGGAAAUCAUCCGUUGAUUCUUGUGACUGGUGAUGACAAGAAAAUUAAACAACUAACUAACAACAUUGGAUUAUGGGAGAUAUUUUCAUCACAUGUCAAUAAUAGGCAAAUCAAACAUCUAUCUCCGUCCGAUAUUAUACACGGUGUCAGUGAGAAAAGAAGCCAACAUAAACAUUGA